CGAACCCUUCGAGUCCUUGAGCCCGACUUUAAGGUCAUACACAUGGUUUUGUGUUUCUGCAAUCUAAAUUAUAGACAGUAGCCCAAACCGCUAUUAAUGUAUGGUAUAGAAGCACUAGAAGAAGUAAAAAAGUUGGCCGAGGAUGAUUCUAAGUAUGUUGCCUUGAUAAGUGACAAAACCACACUACAGGGACUUGUUUUACUACUUUCGAACAAAAAUAACUCGGUUAUUUCAACAGUGCUGCAAACCUUAAAAAUCAUAUCUGGUCAACCAGGUGGCAUUGAUGCUUUGCAAUCAUUAUUGGGAUUACGUGAACAGCUAAAUGAACUGAUUAAACCCACUAAAUCUAGUGGAAACGAAACCUCUCAUCCCUUCUCUAGGAACGCUGAGGAACUUUUAUCUUUGCUUAACUGCUCCAAUAGAGAAGGUCCUCCCAGACCCAUAAAAACCAAUCCAGAAAAAUCACACCCCACAUUCAGACCGAAGAAUGUAGUUUUACAGCUCAGAGGAAUAACAGACGAGGAUGAUAUUGAAAUAGUAUGUUCAAAGCUCUUGAAAAUUCGCGGUGUAGUUAGUAUUACAUUUCAGCUGCAGAAACAUCGCGUUCUUGUUUGCACGGUACCUUCGUUAGAUCCGGAAUGCCUUUUAAAUGCAGUAUCUUCAGUUAAAAACAACCCAGGUCAGUCAAAUGGUACUUGUCAAACAGAUUCGAUCCGUCCCACAAUCACAGCCCAGAUUGUCAGGAAAAAACAUAGAGCGCAAUCCUUAUGCAGACACAGUUCAUUCAACGGUUUAAAAUAUAGGCAAAACUCGCGAAAUACUGAAGUCCCACCUUAUUUAGAAGAUGAUGCUGAUCUCUUUGAGGUUGAUGAAACGAGAGCUGCUCCAAAAUUAAUGGAUGCUCCAAGCAAAUCAAAUCCUUCUAAAGGUCCCAUUAGUUGGUUAUCAGAAUUUUUGGAAAAAUCACUAUUUUGGUGAAUUUAGUAUAAUAUUUCCUGUUUCAUAGAUUUCAUAUUUAUGUCAGCUACUGUAUUUAGAAAUAGAAAUACAAACUUCCUAUAACUUACAUUUCCUGUAAUAAAUCUACAAUAUGUCAAUCGUCGUUUGGUCUCACGAAUUAAUGCGACUUUCUGUGCCAAGAUUCCAACCCGACUCUUGAUUACCAUAAUCUGCAACAAUAAUAAAU